AUGGAUGCGCGUGGCUGGAAAGAAAUGGAGGUUGCUCUGGUCAAUUUUGAUAAGUCAGAUGAAAUCCAGGAAGAGCCAGACUAUGCCACAGAUUUUGACCCAACCAACCCAAAAGGCCAGUCUGGAAGCAGCCCCUUCUCCAACUGGAGGAUCCUCAUCAGUGACAGCACCAACCAUGAGACGACCUUCUCUAAGCUCCCAGGAGACUAUGUGGAUCCCCCAGGGUCUGAGCCAGUGGUCUUGAAUGAAGGGAACCAGCGGGUGAUCAUCAACAUCGCUGGGCUGAGAUUUGAAACCCAACUCAGAACCCUCAAUCAGUUCCCAGAGACCCUCCUGGGAGACCGGGAGAAAAGGAUGCAGUUCUUCGACUCCAUGAGAAAUGAGUAUUUCUUUGACAGGAACCGGCCCAGUUUUGAUGGAAUCCUAUAUUAUUACCAAUCUGGUGGAAAAAUCCGGCGCCCAGCCAAUGUCCCUAUCGAUGUCUUUGCUGAUGAGAUCUCCUUCUAUGAGCUGGGUAGCGAGGCCAUGGACCAAUUCCGGGAGGACGAAGGCUUCAUCAAAGACCCCGAAACAUUGCUCCCCACCAAUGACUUCCACCAGCAGUUCUGGCUUCUCUUCGAGUAUCCUGAGAGCUCCAGUGCUGCCCGUGGUGUAGCAGUGGUCUCUGUGCUGGUUGUGGUCAUCUCCAUCACAAUCUUCUGCCUGGAGACACUACCUGAGUUCCGGGAGGAUAGGGAGCUGAAGGUGGUAAGAGACCCCAGCCUCAACACAAGCAAGACAUUCCUUUCCCACGCCAUGUUCACUGACCCUUUCUUCAUGGUAGAGUCCACCUGCAUCGUAUGGUUCACCUUUGAACUGGUGGUCCGGUUUGUGGUCUGCCCCAGCAAGACUGACUUCUUCAGGAACAUCAUGAACAUUAUCGAUAUCAUCUCCAUCAUCCCCUACUUUGCAACCCUCAUCACAGAGCUUGUCCAGGAGACAGAGCCGAGCGCCCAGCAGAACAUGUCUCUGGCCAUCCUGAGGAUCAUCCGGCUGGUGCGGGUCUUCCGCAUCUUCAAGCUCUCCCGCCACUCCAAGGGGCUGCAGAUCCUGGGGCAGACGCUGAAGGCUUCCAUGCGGGAGUUGGGGCUGCUCAUCUUCUUCCUCUUCAUUGGAGUCAUUCUCUUCUCCAGUGCAAUCUACUUUGCUGAGGUAGAUGAGCCAGAGUCCCAUUUCUCUAGCAUUCCUGAUGGUUUCUGGUGGGCAGUGGUCACCAUGACAACUGUGGGCUACGGAGACAUGUGCCCAACAACCCCAGGAGGGAAAAUUGUGGGCACCCUGUGUGCCAUUGCAGGGGUCCUCACCAUUGCCCUCCCUGUGCCUGUCAUUGUCUCCAACUUUAACUACUUCUACCAUCGGGAGACUGAGAAUGAGGAGAAGCAAAACAUCCCAGGAGAAAUCGACAAAAUCCUCAACAGCAUGGGUUCAAGAAUGGGCAGCACAGACUCUCUUAGUAAGACCAAUGGUGGCUGCUCUGCAGAGAAGUCCAGGAAGUGA